GCUAUUUCAGUCUCAUUCUCACUCUUUGAAUCAUUCCAACAGCCUUAAAUGUUAUGCGCUGAGAUUAAGGAUAAACAAUCAAACAAACCAGCCAACCAACCGACCAACAUCGUGUAAAGUUUGAUUGAAAUCCAAUGGCGACUAAUUAGAUCAAAAAAGAAUGUGUCUUUUUCAAUCUCUUUUCUCUUCGUGCCGCCCCAUUUUGUCUUUCUGUCAAAAACGAUCAAAGAUCAUGACAUUAGCAUAUGGUUCUCCACACCGAUUCUUCUUCUUCUUGUUAUAAAGGCUUUUCAUAAUCUUCAAUAGAUAAAAGUGAGUAAAGGGUAAAGGAGAAGGAUCAAAAGCAGAGGGAUUCUCGUUGCCUUUAUUUUCUCUGCUUUCUUUAAUCCGAGCUGUGUUCAGUCUUUCCUCUUUAAAUUUUCUCUCAUUUUGCCUUCUAUUCGUUUUCUCCACCAGGGUGAUUCUAAGAUUUUAAGUAACGCCUCUCUUUCUCUGACUUUCUGGUUAUCAGUUUAUAGAAACGGAUUGGAAUUGGAAAGAUCGUCCGAGAUUGAGAGACAAAUGGGAUCAAAUUCGGAAAUUGCAAUUCGAAUGAGGAAAAUCUUGAUCAUACCAAUCAGAACAUGUUAUAGAUCAGUUUGCAGUCAUCCAUUCCUUGUGGGUAUGCUCUGUUUUUUGUUGUUGCUGUACAGAUCUUUUCCUUUUGUAUUCUCCCUUUUGGUCUCUGCAUCCCCUGUUUUGUUCUGCACUGCUCUACUCCUCGGGACCCUUUUGAGUUUUGGGCAACCCAACCUAAUACCCGAGAUUGAAAAACAUGAUGAUAAGGUUAGUCCUGCCCAUGAUGUCGCAUCGCUUAAGGCCCGGGUUUCGGGGGAUACAACUGUUGUUGUCGAUGACGAGAGAGAUGAAAGCUUUAUUGUAGAAAGAUACACAGGAAAGGGAAGGGAUAUAGUAGAGGAGGCUAUUGAGGGUGCUAGUUCGGAAGACGAGGUCAGGAAGGUCGCGACAUAUGAUGGUCUGGUUGAUUACGUGCCACUGAUUGAUCACAGUUCACGGGUAAUACGGUUACAGGAGUCUAUUGAGGGUACUAGUUCGGUGGAAGAUAAAGUUGGGAAGAUUGAGAUAGACGAUGGUCUGGUUAAUUACAUGCCCCUGAUUGAUAAUAGUUCCCGGGUAAUUCAGUUGCAGAAGCGAGCAACUGGGGAAGUUGUGGGGUACUUUCACGGUUUGGAGUUGGAAAGAAAGAGGGGAAUUAAUAAAGAGAACUUGGGGAUUGAAGAAGUGGCAAAUGAUGGGGAAGCAAUUGAGAAUCAAGGUUUGGUGGUUCACAAAGGGGGAGAUGAGAUUCUUGAAGUCGAAGGUAAUGGUAUUAAGCACCCGGGAGAGUUAGCUGAUGCUCGAAAGGGAGAUCACUUGGAUUUAUCUGCUAAUGAUGAUGAGGAUGGUGAUGAUGGGUCUUCGGGUUUGGGAUCUGAUCUGGCUGAGAGUUCCUCGCCAGAUGCUUCCAUGGCUGACAUCAUUCCCAUGCUUGAUGAACUCCACCCACUUUUAGAUAUGGAAGCUCCGGCUCCGGCUCAUAUGUCCCAUGACGAGUCAGAUGUUGCUUCCGAGCACUCUCAAGAAAGCAGCGAUGUCAGUGUUGAGUCGGAUGAAGAAUCGGAAAUCCAUGGAGAAGUAGAAGAAGAUGGUGUUGACGAAAACGAAGAUGACGAGGAGGAAGAAGCACGCGGAGGUAAAGAGGAUGAAAGUAAAUCGGCAAUCAAGUGGACUGAGGAUGACCAAAAGAACCUCAUGGAUCUGGGGACUUCCGAGCUUGAGAGGAAUCAACGCCUGGAGAAUCUCAUUGCAAGGAGGAGAGCACGGAAAAACAUGAGAUUGAUGACCGAGAAGAAUUUAAUAGACUUAGACGGCGCUGAUCUUCCCUUGAAUGUACCACCCAUUUCAACGGCAAGACACAAUCCUUUUGAUCUCCCUUACGAUUCCUAUGAUCCACCUGGUUCGGCACCGUCUAUUUUGUUGCCAAGGCGAAACCCUUUUGAUCUUCCUUAUGACCCAAAUGAAGAAAAACCUGAUCUCAAGGGAGACAGUUUUCAGCAAGAGUUCACGACAUUUCAGCAGAAGGAUGCAUUAUUCCGUAGGCAUGAAAGUUUCAGUUCGGGACCAUCCGGCCUUGGGGGUCCCAGGCAAGAGAGGCGUGCUAGCAAUCUCAGACCCUUUUUUGUGCCCGAAAGAUUUAUUUCAGAGGGGACAAGCUAUUCCUCGUUCGAGAGACAGUCUAGUGAAGUUAGUGAAUCAAAGUUGAGUUCUGUUCCUGACACUGAAUCUGUGAGUUCUGCUGCUGAUCAAGACGACAGGAACGCCAAUGAACAAGAUUUUUCUCAAGAAACAGAACUCAUCUCCAGCAUAGGCCAUGCUUUUGAUCGUGCCGAGCGUGGAAGCCAAUUGUCUGUAGAUAUUGAUUCUGUGGAGAUAGAACCAGUUGAGAGGAGGGAUGUUGGCCAUGAUGAGGUUGAGAUAACAUUGGGGCAAGUGGGAAACAAUGCUAAAAUGGAUUCUGGCUUGUCUGAAACCAGAGGGGUGGCUAUUCCUCUGGAACUUAGUAACAGCGAAAUUCACUUAACAUCACGAUCAAAUGUUGGCCAUGAUGAGGCCAAGAUCAUAUUGGGGCAAGCGGGAAAUCAUGCUCAAAUGGAUUCUUCUGGCUUCUCUGAAACAGGCGAGGUGGUCAUUCCUUUGGAACUUAGCACUAGCGAAAUUCAUUUAAAUACAGAAUCAGUUGAAGAGGACUACAGCAGUACUUCACGUUUUUCAUCGAUGCCGGAAAUAGAUGGGAAUGCAGAAAAUAAGGGAUCGACAAGUUUGGAGCCAAGAGGCAAUGAUAUUGAAGAAUCUGGUAGUUCAAUGCUACCUUCCCUUGAGGAGCCAGAUUUCCGCGUUCAGGGUGGGGAGGUGGAUGACAAUCAACACGAACCUGUUUAUGAUUCAAGUCCCCCAGCAGGUGAAAAGAUCCUCCAUUUUCCUUCCAUUUCUUCUGAAAUGUACAAUUUGCAAGCAGAGAUAUCCAAAAUGAGUUCACCUCCAGUAUCAGUUGCAACAUCUGUUCCUAUUUCCGAUAAGGAAUCUGAGUUGUACAAAGGGAAGGAUUCUUCUAAUUAUGGAGAAAUUGAUAGAGCAUCCUUGGUGGCACAUCCAAAAGACGAGAUGGAACAAAGGUUUGUGGAAGUACAGGAGUUAGGUAAAGAUGAUGUUACACAGGCCAAGUCUUCGGGAGUUAUCCUUGAUGAGCAAAAUGGAGCUGAAUACGUGGUUGAGCUUGCUUCAGUUAAAUCAAGGUCAUCUUCUCCUAAUCUUGGAUCAGUAGCUGAGGGCAUGGUAGUAUAUAAGAAAGAAAGCUCAUCUCAUGAACUGGAUCAAGUCAGGUCCUUGAGUAUUGAUUCUGAGAUUCUUUUUGGUGUCCAUCAAGAUGUCCAUGAGAAGUUAGAUACAGUGGCUUCUAGUUAUCAGAUGGCUUCCGAGAUUCCUUCACUGGUGGUUGAGGAUGUGUCAGUCAUAUCUUCAGGAACUAAACCUGUUGAGUGGCAUGCCAGUGGUAAGGAAGAAACUCAUCAACUAGAGCAGGAUCAAACGUAUUCAUCUAGUUCAUCAGACUAUGGAUCUGUAGGGGAAGAGUUGAUCCACAAGGACAUAGUUCUUCAGCUUGAACGGGAUCAGGUCAAGUCAUCAAGCUUUGAUGAUGCAGAGACCCAGGUGGGAGGGCAACGAGAAGGGGGUGAAAAUUUGGAUCUGUUGGCUUCGUCUCCCCACCAUAUUCCUUCCUCAGAGGAACAAUGGCCUCCUAUGGUAACUGAACAGGUUAUACUGGUUCUUUCCGGUCAUUCAACUCCAGAAACUGAACACAUGGAGGACCAGUCAUUGAAUAGGGAGGACAUUGUUCAGUUCGAACAGGAUGAAGUUCAUUCAUCAGGUUCUGAUGCAAAAAUUGACACUGCUCUCCACCAUGAUUUGGAUGAGGAUGUGGUUUCUUUGAGUUAUACCGGACAGUACAUGCUUUCUGAAGAAAAACCUCAGUCUGAGUUGAAGAAAUAUGUGGCUUAUGCAGAUAAACCUAGGCUUGAGGCAUCUUCUGAAGAUCUUGAUAAAUACACAGAAUCAAAUAGCAUCCAGACAGAAUCUGCAGAGGUUGUGAGAAUCACCGAAAAUGGAGAUAUGCCAGAAGUCACUGAUCCUGAGUGCAAAAUUCUGCAAAAUUUGUCAUCCUCAGCUUUGGAUUCUACCCAAAUUGAUUUCCCAGCCGAGAGUCAUGAAUACAAGUCACCUUCUGGUGGAGUAAAUUUGAAAGCUGAUAUCCUAGGCCGAAAUGUAAAUGAAGAUCAAACAAAGGUCUCAAAAGAUUUAAACUAUUCAGCAGAAACUUACGGUUCUCUUGAUGCCGUGCAAACCAUCAGUGAAGAGGCUGGUGAAAUAAAAGAGAUUGAUGAAGAGUUGUUGUUGGAAUUGGAUACAGUUGGGGACUUUCGUGUCAAAGAAGUUGUUGGUGCUCCACAUGAAAUUAACCUUGGGGAUACUGACUUUGAGUUGUUUCCCAAAGAUUCAAACCGUUUAAAGACUCAGAUGGACCUCCCGGUUCUUGAAGCAAGAUCACUUGAAGAUAUCGACUUGGCCUUUAAGCAACUUCAUGAAGGCGCAGAUGUUGAGGAAGUCAUCUUCCCUAGCAUGGUUAAUGAUUGGCUGCUUGUGGAAGAAUCCAAGGAUCACGUAGAACCAAAUUCAAACUUGAAAGUAGUUGAUACAAAAUCUCUGGAAGAUAAUCAUAUUGCUCUCAAGCAAGUCUCCGAGGCUAAUCUUCAUGUGCUGCCAGAAGCGUUGGAUUUAGAAGAGAAAUCGGCAUCUGUAGAACCAUAUGAAAUGGGUUCUGCCAAGGAGAUUGAAUCAACUGAUGUAGGAUCUGGUGUUCAAGGAAUUAGCACAGUUGCUGCCGAUAAACCAGAACAUGGAUCCGAUGAGACUUUGAGGCUUUGAACAUAUCAGGUACUUUGGACACAAAAAAUAAUAGGGCAGAAUCUCAUAGUGCAAGAUCCAGUGCCAGCUCUAGCUCAAGCCCAAGUGAUUCUGAUUGAAAAUCAGGACUUGAGAAAGAGAAAAAAACAGAGCGUAUCAUUCAUGAUCUGAUCAAUGCUAGUUGCCUUUGUGUUGUUUUUUUAUAUGCAUUGCUUUCUUCAAGAAUGAGUUUUGGUUUGAGUCAUUGAAGCUUGAGAGUUUCUCGUUGAGAGUGAAUAACAAUAUGAGGCUUAUUGGGAGAAUUCUUUUUAAGCUCUGCAUAUAUACAGUUUUUUUUUUUU